AUGAAUGAUUUUGAAAAGCGUCAAUGUCUACAUCUAACGAACAAAAUGAUCCAUAAGGACCUUUGUCAUGUUUUUAAGGACAAAGUCGACCCAGAACGUGAUGGAGCGCCUGAUUAUUACAAAAUUAUCAAACAUCCAAUUGAUUUAACAACAAUUAAGCGAAAAUUAAACUCAAAUGAAUAUAAGUCGAUUGAACAAUGGGCUGAUGAUGUAAAUUUGGUAUGGAAAAAUGCAAAAACUUACAACAACGAAGGAAGUGUUAUCCAUUUCAUUGCACAAGAGCAAGAAAUAUGGUUUGCGCGUAAAUACAAAAAUAUUCCAAGAACAAAAGACGAAGAAUGGGUUUAUCAGCUCCAAAAGGCUACAAAAAUUUUAUCUAGGUUAGCCACACAACCUCCUAACUCAAUAGUCCCAUCAGCUAAUGUUUUAUUUGAUUUAACAAAGAUCCAAGCAGAACUUGCACCUCUUCAGACAGUUACAUUCGCCCCAGUUGAGAAUAAGCCACCAGAGCCAGAACCAGUAGAAGAACAGCCCAAAUCAGAAACACCUGAAGUUAAGGAACCAGAACCUGCCGAAGAAACUCAACCAAACCAGCAACAGCAAGAAAAUGCUGAAUUACCUGUUCAAGAAGCAAGUGAUUAUAUAGAUGAUUUAUAA